AUGGACAGACAAAACAUGUCAACCAACGUAACUGGGCCGAAUGACGUCACUUCCGAUCCUUUCGCAAACUAUUCGGAGAGAUCAGCGACAUUUGCCAGCAUUUUUGACACCGUUAGCUCUGAUAGAAUCAAUGCAACUCUCGGGUUCUCUGAUAGCAUCAACGUUACUACUGCCGUGGCUACAUUUGUGGAUCCAUACGCUACAACGCCACUUGAGAGAGGCAUUGAAGCGGCACUCCUUGGUGUGUUGGGUGUAUUUGGAACAAUCCUAAACUGUUUUCUGAUUGCAAAUGUAGUUUACAAUAAAGAUCUAAGGAAACCGUUGCAUUACAUGUUUUGCAUGAUUGCAUUCUUAGAUAUAACUAUUGUCAUCCCUUGUCCUUUUAUGGCGUACGGUACCUGGCGAGAUCGUUGGGACUUACCUCAUUGGAUGUGUAUCUCCAUAGCGGCCGUGCAAGGCUGGGGUUUGUCCACCACAAUCGUUUGUCAUUGUUUGAUCGGGCUCAAUUGUGCAUUGAAAUGUGAAUUUCGGUCUGAUCUUGCGAAUAAGUUAAGCAGUGUUAAGUCAAUGAUGAUACUUUUCUUUAUAGCAUGGGUGGCGGUGUUCCUAUUGAUUCCAUUUCCUUUGCUCCCCUUUGUAGACUACGUUCGUGUUGAUUAUGCCCCGGUGUUUGGCAUGUGCGUCAGCGCUUGGGACGCACCAGAUUUGAAGAACAUUGAGAUCUAUCUGUAUUGGGCGUUUGGCACCACUGUCGUUGUUCCUUAUUUCUUUUCCAUUGUGUUUUAUGGCAAGGUUCUUUGGGUCAUCAGACGUCGUCUUGAUACGUUCGAUAAUGAAAAUAUCAAACGUCAGUUUGUUAAUGCGUGCAAGCGUAUGGGUACGUUAUUUAGUGUGUUUACCCUUUGUUUCCUGCCGCAUACGAUUUAUACUCUCGCGGAUCCUUACAUCCUCUAUAUUUCCACUUGGGGCAUCAGGGGACUGUACAUCUUCUUCAUGUUUCACACUUGCUUCAAUCCUAUCAUCUGCCUCUUCACAAUGUCCGAUAUCAACGAGGGGUUGUGGCGAAUGGUUAAAUGUUUACCACGUGACCCCUCAAAACCACAACGACAUUCGAACUUGAAGAAACGACAAUCCGGAAUAAAGAAAAACCCUCCAAUCAAUCUUGGUCCAGAGAAAAACGUUGUGAAUGACAUUAAUAAUACACCAGUUAAUGUAGCUAAUGCUGCAUCAAUUGCGACAAUCAGUUCACUUGUUCCCAGUGAAAGCGUAGAAAGAGUGCACGCAUAAUGAACACCUUUCAAGUGACAGUGAUCAAACAUUCUAUCAACCCCUAAAG